UGAAUUGCCUCAAUCCAAUAGUUAUCAUAGCUGGCUGCCCUCUUUUACUGAUCUCCCUCUUGCUUUCUCUCUGUCUUUUCCCAUUUCUUACCUGUGAGAGUUUCAGCUCUUUUUGGAGUUUUUUUUCAGUAGAAAUAAGUAGACUUUUGUGGACAGCUGGAGGCUACCACCCACGGAACAGCUUUGCAUGUGUGCGGUCUCUACCUGAUCAUUGUCACUGGUGCUGCUGAUCUGUUGGAUCCUCUGGUUUGAGUGCUGCCUGCUCUAGCUGUGCAGUGAGUGAGUGAGGGAGCGCUGAGGACUUGCUGCUCAGCGGGGGUUUAAUAGAACAAAAAAAAAGCAAGCAAUCACCAUGCUGCGAGAAGCUGUAGCAAAUAUUUUAAAAUUCCACAAUUAUCUUCAGUCGAGAACUGAUGCCAGAGUCAGAGACUACCCUCUGAUGCAGGGUCCCAUACAGAUGACCACCAUCCUGUUAGCCUAUAUUUUCUUCGCAGUGUACGCUGGGCCUCGCCUCAUGGCAAACCGCAAACCUUUCCGCCUUAACACAGCCAUGAUCAUUUACAACCUUAGCAUGGUUUUACUGAACGCCUACAUAGUCUAUGAGUUCAUGAUGUCUGGAUGGGCCACCACCUUUACAUGGAGAUGUGACCUAAUUGACCCCUCCAGCAGCCCUCAAGCUCUUAGGAUGAUUCGAGUGGGUUGGUUGUUUUAUUUUUCGAAGUUCAUUGAACUCCUUGACACAGUAUUCUUUGUGUUGAGGAAGAAACAAAACCAGAUCACAUUUCUCCAUGUGUUCCAUCACUCCUUCAUGCCCUGGACAUGGUGGUGGGGCAUCACCCUGACUCCUGCUGGAGGAAUGGGCUCCUUCCAUGCCAUGGUAAAUGCAACAGUCCACGUUAUUAUGUACUUCUACUAUGGACUUUCAGCAGCUGGACCUCGCUUCCAGAAAUACUUGUGGUGGAAGAAGUACAUGACUGCCAUCCAGCUUACACAGUUUGUUCUGGUCUCCAUUCACAUCAGCCAGUACUACUUCAUGGAGAAGUGUGACUACCAGUUCCCCUUGUGGAUCCACUUGAUCUGGAUUUAUGGUGUCUUCUUCUUCCUCCUCUUCUCUAACUUUUGGGUGCAGGCCUACAUAAAGGGCAAACGGCUUCCCCUCACAGACAACAAGCCAAAACUGAACGGCUCAACCAGUGAACCUGUCACUGUGGUGGCCAAUGGCAAACACGUGGAGAAUGGGAAUGUACACCACCACACAAACGGCAAAAUCUUCCUGGGCAAAGUAAAGGAAAUCUAACUUAGUGACUCUGGAAAUGAGAAGGAGCUGCUCUAUAAAGCCACCGUGAAUACAUCAUUCACAUCUAGUAGCAUAUUGGAGUGACACAGAUUCCAAUUUACUACUUCUAAACUUCAUAAUUUCUAGUCUAGUCUUUUUUUUUUAAAUGUAUGCACACUUCUUGGGAUAUGAAUGGCAUCUUGUGUUUUGCCGGUGAUCUCUACAUGUGACAUUUGUGUUUGUUAGUUGUGAAAACUAUUAACUGUGACACACCCUGUAUGAAGAUUGGUGCUCAUUUUGUCACUUAUAGUGUUCUUCAGCUCAAGUUUGAGCCACACUGGCUUGACCUACACUGAUGUUUGGCUGGCAUGACCCUUAUUGCUUGGGAGUAUCGCACAAUUUCCACCGAAGACUAGCACAUGUAAAUAACCGCUACAAAGUUUAUGCCAAAAACAAUGUUUUCACUGUAAAUGUCAAAUAUUUAGUUUUCCUUUAUUUCUUUUUAUUUAUCAUUUGAAAUAAAACAAAUUUUAGAUAAAGGUCUGUGUCAUUCGGAAAGCAGUUAUGGUGUGCACUUUGUAAGAAACAAACCACACCUCAGUUUUUCAAUUUUGAGAAUUGUGGUAAAGAAAUGUUGCACUGUAUAUUACAGUAUUGAUGAAUUUUGCAUUUUUUGCAUAAUUAGGUAGUGACAUAUACAUUGCUAUAUGUGUUCAUCCAUAUCAAUACAUUCUGAGUUUUGCAACACUGUGAGGUCUAUUCUCUCUAAAGGCUGUGCAUGAAGUUAAUAGAGUGCUUUCUAUUACAUUAGAAUUAAAUAAAAAGAAUGCUGUAGACAGGUGUUUCUGAAUAUCACUGCAGAAGUAUGCAUACAUGUUGACUGAUAAACAUACCAGUGCUUUCAUUGUUGUUGAUUACACACAUGCAUGAUGACAGUAGUUUUGAAGCCUAGCCUUUUGUGGAGAUUUCUGUUCCAAAAAACAACAGCAGAUGAUUUCAUUAAUAAAUUUAUCCUGUGGUUAAUGAUCAGCCCAUGAAAUCAGCUGCUGAGGUGAGAAACUGGAAUGACUGAGUCUCCCAUCAACCUGUAAAUUCCCUGCACUGAUGUUUACAAAAGAUUUAGUGAUAUUAUAGUGAUAUAAUAUCACUA